AUGUAACACUGUUCUGUAUUUACUGAUCAAAAGCAAAGGUUGAGAAACAGAGAUAUGGUAGUAGCCGGCGACGAUAACAGAGCGGAUGCGGAUCGGUGGCUAGUUACAUCGAAGGAGCUUUUAGCCUCAAGCGACUUCACGGGAGCAAAGACACUAGCGAUCCGCGCAUGCGAAGACGACCCUUCUCGAACACAUGCAGCGGACUACAUCAUCGCCAUCUCCGACACUCUCCUCGCCGGAGAAUCCACCGUCGGAGACUCGAACCUCCCGGACUGGUACGCGGUGCUCCGUCUCGACAGCAGGCUAACCCAAAGCCUCGAACGCGUCGCGGUUCAGUACCGUAGACUCGCCCUUCUCCUCAACCCCACCGUGAACCGUCUCCCUUUCGCCGAUCGAGCGCUUAAGCUCGUCUCCGAUGCUUGGCGCGUCCUCUCCGAUCCUCCGAGGAAAUCAUCAUACGACCGAGAGUUGCAGCAGUUUCAGAGCCGAGCUGAGACUACCUCGGAGGCUACGAGCAGCUUUUGGACGGCUUGUCCGUACUGUUACGCGCUUUUCGAGUACCCUAAGGGCUACGAGGAAUGCGCGUUGAGGUGUCAGCACUGUAGGAGAGCGUUUGAAGCGGUUAAGACGGAGACGCCGCCGGCGGUGGAGAGUGACGGCCAAGGCGUUUACUUUUUCUGCUCGUGGGCUAUGUUUCCGGUAGGGUUUUCGGGUCAUGCUAAGACCUCUGGUUCUGGUUGGUCGCCAGUUUCGCAUCUCUUCCACUGCCCUGUGCAAAGCUCUGGUCAUCAAGCAAGUCUUAAAACACCUGCUUCAGGAAACUGUCACGACGUUGAUGGUGGCGGUGGUUGUGGUGUUGAUGAGUUAUAUAUUACAAUAUCUGAUGAUGAUGAUGCAAAUAAAAAAUAAGAAAGGAGGAUGAUAUCAAACAGGAUCGAGUGUUUUUUUUUUUGAGGAACUUGAUGAGUUCUUGAAAAAAAUCUGUACUGUGUUGUUGCAGCUGAUAAGGUCAAGGCUACUUGGUCAAAGUUAGACCUUUUGUAUGUCUCUCGUGUUGUUUUGUGGAUGCAUGUUCUUGGGACUUCGGCUAGUAGUUGAAAGUGAUGUAGUUUUGAUGCGUUUGUGAAAUCAAUGUUAAUGAAAUCUUAUAUUAUGUAUAA